AUAGAGUUUUAGCGCAGUCUUGCUUUUUCAUAGGCGUGUGUCAACUGUGUGUGCCAAGGGGUGCUCCGCACUUACCAAUGCGAUUAAUGAAGACAAUGAACCAAUUGAGGGAACACUAAACUAACAACCAGCUUUUCCGUUUCGUCUGUGUUUUAAUACGGACGAGCUUUGCGUCUGCAAGGAAUCAUCCCUCUGCACGAGCACAAAGGAAAAUUUAAAAAAGGAAGCAAAGGUCGGCUGUGGAAUGUCACAGCUUUCUUAAGCGAUCCAGACCUUUAUCUUCAAAUGACUGCAGUCCUGCUGUCUGACUGGAUCAUCUUUUGAGGAUCUAAACUGAAAAUAUCUUUCGUCUUUGUGGGUGUCGCCAUCUACACUCGUGGACACCAGUGAGAGCUAAAGCGUUUCCAACACUGCUCUUCUCCUGAAAAGAUAACAGUGGUGUUCAAUCUACUCUGUGUCAUGCUGUGUGGCUGACUUCUAUGCUCUAGCUGAAAUGAGGUUGGUGAUUUUGGGGUCGCGGCCCCUCUUGGCCUUGACCCUCACGCUCGCCCUCACCUGCCUAAAGCAUCUGUGCCAUGGUGCGACGCCCUUUCCUCAGGACCUGGAGCCCAUCAGCACCGUUGGUAGUGAACACACCUACCUGUACCCCAGUUUCCAGGGGAACAUGUCAGAUAACGACACUGCCAGACUGGGGUUGGAUUUUCAGAGGAUGCUGCGGAUUAACCACAUGGUCUACAUUGCUGCAAGAGAUCACGUUUUUGCCAUUAACCUCAGCGCUUCAGUGGAGCGAAUCGUCCCCCAACAGAAACUGACAUGGAAGACAAAAGAUGUGGAGAAAUGCACAGUCAGGGGGAAAAACAGCGAUGAGUGUUACAACUACAUCAAAGUGCUGGUGCCACGUAACGACGAAACUCUCUUUGCAUGUGGAACCAAUGCGUUCAACCCCACCUGUCGCAACUACAAGAUGUCAUCUCUGGAGCAGGAUGGGGAGGAGGUGGUCGGUCAAGCCCGUUGCCCUUUCGAAUCCCGCCAGUCUAACGUUGGCCUGUUUGCCGGCGGUGACUUUUAUUCAGCCACAAUGACGGAUUUUCUAGCAAGUGAUGCAGUGAUUUACCGAAGUUUAGGAGAAAGCAGUCCUGUCCUGCGUACUGUAAAAUACGACUCAAAAUGGCUACGAGAGCCUCAUUUCCUUCAUGCCAUUGAGUACGGGAACUACGUCUACUUCUUUCUCAGUGAGAUUGCAGUAGAGUACACCACCCUUGGCAAGGUGGUGUUCUCUCGAGUCGCUCGCGUGUGUAAGAAUGAUAACGGCGGUUCUCCGCGGGUUCUAGAGCGCUACUGGACUUCUUUCCUGAAAGCCCGGUUGAACUGUUCAGUUCCAGGUGAUUCGUUCUUCUACUUUGACGUUCUUCAGUCAUUAACCAACGUCAUGCAGAUCAACCACAGGCCUGCGGUGCUAGGCGUCUUUACCACUCAAGCCAACAGCAUCACUGGUUCUGCUGUAUGUGCAUUCUACAUGGAUGACAUAGAGAAAGUUUUUAAUGGAAAGUUUAAGGAGCAGCGAAACAGCGAGUCAGCCUGGACACCAGUUCCUGAUGAAAUGGUGCCCAAACCCCGGCCAGGAUCUUGUGCUGGUGAUGGCCCUGCUGCUGGUUAUAAGUCCUCCACAAAUUUCCCUGAUGAAACUCUUACAUUCAUUAAGUCUUAUCCACUUAUGGACGAGGCCGUUCCGUCUGUCAACAACCGACCCUGCUUCACACGAACCACCAGCAGGUUCAAGCUGACCCAGAUCGCGGUGGACACGGCAGCUGGCCCGUAUAAGAACUACACCGUUCUGUUUCUGGGUUCAGAGAAUGGACGAGUCCUGAAGAUUCUCGCCAGCACGCACCAAAACUCCACCUACAGCACGCAGGUUUUGGAAGACAUUGAUGUUUAUAACCCCAACAAAUGUAAUGUGCGUGGUGAGGACCGGAGGAUACUGGGAUUGGAGUUGGACAAGGACCAUCACGCCCUGUUUGUGGCAUUCUCAAGUUGCGUGAUCCGUGUUCCACUCAGUCGCUGUUCUGACUACGGCAACUGCAAAAAGAGCUGUCUGUCCUCGCGAGACCCCUACUGCAUCUGGCUGAGUGCGGGGAACUGUGCCACAGUGGCGCCGGGAUUCAAGUCUGGAUUUGAACAGUAUGUGGAGAGUGGAUAUCCUCAGUACCCAGACAGCUGUCAUGAUGUGUUGGCCACAACUCGCAAGCAGAACCCUGCGGUGGACUCUGCGUACGGAAAGACCUCACCCACAAGCGCCAGCACAACCAAUCAGGGGCCAGCUCUGCCUAAAGUCAAGGGUGUCUCUGAGACAGGUACCCACCCCGAGGAGGGGAGGCGGGGAGGGCAGGGUUCUCCUGACUUGGAGCCAGGCAGUGUGGAGAUGGAGGGAGUGCGCCGACCCCCUGAGGUAGAUAAGUCCAACCACAGUGUUCACUACACUCUGCUCAUUGCGUGUGUCCUG